AAAAAAAAGAAUUAUGUGGGUGAUCGUAUAUAUAUAUAUAAACCAUUGUAACCAAGAAAUCAUCAUUAGUUAUUCAGAAUUUAACACUUAGAUUAAAAAUGAAGAAUUGGCAAAUUAUAUCUGCUCUGUUGAUAAUAUCGUGUUCGAUAUUUAACGGAGCAAUACAAAAUGAAAAUUCGGAAGACGAACAGACAUACCAAUUAAAAAAAAGUAUGACGAGAAAAGCUGCAGAAAAUGGAAACUUGGAAUUGUUAAAAUAUGCACAUAAAAAUGAAUGCCCAUGGGAUAGAAAGACAACAGAAGCAGCUGCAUCUAGUGGUAAUUUAGAAUGCUUGAAAUAUGCUUUUGAAAAUGGCUGCAAAUGGGAUAAAUGUACAACAGCUGCAGCUGCCAAAAAAGGUGAUUUAAAAAUGUUAAAAUAUGCACAUGAAAAGGAAUGUCCGUGGGAUGAAAGCACAACAGAAGCAGCUGCUUUUAGUGGUAAUUUAGAAUGCUUGAAAUAUGCUUUUGAAAAUGGCUGCAAAUGGGAUAAACGUACAUCGACUGCGGCUGCCAAAAGAGGUGAUUUAAAAAUGCUAAAAUAUGCACAUGAACAUAAAUGUCGAUGGAAUAAAAGUACAACAGAAGCAGCUGCUUCUAGUGGCAAUUUAGAAUGCUUAAAAUAUGCUUUUGAAAAUGGCUGUAAAUGGGAUGAACGUACAUCGACUGCAGCUGCCAAAAGUGGUGAUUUAAAAAUGUUAAAAUAUGCACAUGAAAAUGAAUGUCAAUGGGAUAGAAGUACAACAGAAGCAGCUGCUUCUAGUGGUAAUUUAGAAUGCUUGAAAUAUGCUUUUGAAAAUGGCUGCAAAUGGGAUGACCAUACAUCGAUUGCGGCUGCCAAAAGAGGUGAUUUAAAAAUGUUAAAAUAUGCACAUGAAAAUGAUUGUCCAUGGGAUAGAAGUACAACAGAAGCAGCUGCUUCUAGUGGUAAUUUAGAAUGCUUAAAAUAUGCUUUUGAAAAUGGCUGUAAAUGGGAUGAACGCACAUCAACUGCAGCUGCCAAAAGUGGUGAUUUAAAAAUGUUAAAAUAUGCACAUGAAAAUGAAUGUCAAUGGGAUGAAAGCACAACAGAAGCAGCCGCUUUUAGUGGUAAUUUAGAAUGCUUGAAAUAUGCUUUUGAAAAUGGCUGCAAAUGGGAUGACCGUACAUCGACUGCGGCUGCCAAAAGAGGUAAUUUAAAAAUGUUAAAAUAUGCACAUGAAAAUGAUUGUCCAUGGGAUAGAAGUACAACAGAAGCAGCUGCUUCUAGUGGCAAUUUAGAAUGCUUGAAAUAUGCUUUUGAAAAUGGCUGCAAAUGGGAUAAACGUACAUCGACUGCGGCUGCCAAAAGAGGUGAUUUAAAAAUGCUAAAAUAUGCACAUGAACAUAAAUGUCGAUGGAAUAAAAGUACAACAGAAGCAGCUGCUUCUAGUGGCAAUUUAGAAUGCUUAAAAUAUGCUUUUGAAAAUGGCUGUAAAUGGGAUGAACGUACAUCAACUGCAGCUGCCAAAAGUGGUGAUUUAAAAAUGUUAAAAUAUGCACAUGAAAAUGAAUGUCAAUGGGAUAGAAGUACAACAGAAGCAGCUGCUUCUAGUGGUAAUUUAGAAUGCUUGAAAUAUGCUUUUGAAAAUGGCUGCAAAUGGGAUGAACGUACAUCGACUGCGGCUGCCAAAAGAGGUGAUUUAAAAAUGUUAAAAUAUGCACAUGAAAAUGAUUGUCCAUGGGAUAGAAGUACAACAGAAGCAGCUGCUUCUAGUGGUAAUUUAGAAUGCUUGAAAUAUGCUUUUGAAAAUGGCUGUAAAUGGGAUGAACGUACAUCGACUGCGGCUGCCAAAAGAGGUGAUUUAAAAAUGUUAAAAUAUGCACAUGAAAAUAAUUGUCCAUGGGAUGAAAGCACAACAAAAGCUUCUGCUUCAAGUGGUAAUUUAAAAUGCUUGAAAUAUGCUUUUAAAAAUGGCUGUAAAUGGGAUAAACGUACAACGUCUGUGGCUGCCAAAAGAGGUGAUUUAAGUAUUUUAAAAUAUGCACAUGAAAAGAAAUGUCCGUGGGAUAAAAGCACAACAUACACCGCGGCAGAUAAUGGUAAUUUAGAAUGCUUGAAAUAUGCUUUUGAAAAUGGCUGUAAAUGGGAUGAACGUACAACAACUGCGGCUGCCAAAAGAGGUGAUUUAAAAAUGUUAAAAUAUGCACAUGAAAAUGAAUGUCCAUGGGAUGAAAGCACAGCUGAAGCAGCUGCUUAUAGUGGUAAUUUAGAAUGCUUGAAAUAUACUUUUGAAAAUGGCUGCAAAUGGGAUGACCGUACAUCGACUGCGGCAGCCAAAAAAGGCUAUUUAAGUAUUUUAAAAUAUGCACAUAAAAAUGAUUGUCCAUGGGAUGAAAGCACAACAGAAGCAGCUGCUUCAAGUGGUAAUUUAGAAUGCUUGAAAUAUGCUCAUGAAAAUGGCUGUAAUUUUAAUGAAAUUGAUAUUGCGAGAAAUGCUAUAUAUAAGGGUAAUCUAGAAAUAUUAAAAUAUGCCCAUGUAAAUGGAUAUGAGAUGAAUGAAGAUACAACUAAUUUAGUUGCCACUUUAAGUUAUCGUGACAUUAUAAAAUAUAUCCUUGAAAAUGGAUAUGCAUGUAAUGUAAAUACAACUUAUAUGGCUGCAAGAUAUGAUAAUCUUCAAAAUUUAAAAUAUUUACAUGAAAAUAGAUGUCCGUGGGAUGAAAGCACAACAAAAAUUGCUGCCGAUUAUGGCCAUUUUCAAUGUUUAAAAUAUGCUUAUGAAAAUGGAUGUCCGUGGGAUAAAAGUACAACGUCUGCGGCUGCCUUUAGAGGUAAUUUAAAAAUGUUAAAAUAUGCACAUGAGAAUGAAUGUCCAUGGGAUGAAAGCACAACAGAAGCAGCUGCUUUUAGUGGUAAUUUAGAAUGCUUGAAAUAUGCUUUUGAAAAUGGCUGCAGAUGGGAUAAACGUACAUCGACUGCGGCUGCCAAAAGAGGUGAUUUAAAAAUGUUAAAAUAUUCACAUGAAAAAGAAUGUCCAUGGGAUGAAAGCACAGCAGAAGCAGCUGCUUCUAGUGGUAAUUUAGAAUGCUUGAAAUAUACUUUUGAAAAUGGCUGUAAAUGGAAUCAAAAUAUAAUGAGAAGUGCAAUUCUAAAGGGUAAUCUAAACAUAAUAAAAUAUCUUUACGAAAAUGGAUGUAUGUGGUGUGAAGGAACUCUGCGUGAAGCUGCUACAAAAGGUAAUUUUGAAUAUUUAAAAUAUGCACAUCAAAAUGGUUGCAAAUGGGAUAAAGGCACAACUCAAGCUGCUGCAGCAAGUCGUUGUUUCAACUGUUUGAAGUAUGCCUACGAAAAUGGAUGUAUUUGGGAUGAAGGGACAACUCGAGCUGCUGCUGCAAGUGGCUGUUUAGAGUGCUUAGUAUAUGCCCAUGAUAAGGAAUGUAUUUGGGAUAAAGAUACAAUAGUUACAGCAGCUGUGCAUGGUAAGUUAGAUUGCUUAAAAUAUGCCCGUAAACAUGGAUGUGAUUGGGUUGAAGGUAUGAUGAGAGGGGCUGCAGCAAAUGGACAUUUAAAUUGCCUAAAAUUUGCUUAUGAAAAUGGGUGUCCCUGGGAGGAAGGCACAACAAGGGAAGCUUCUGCGGGUAGUUAUAUUAAAUGUUUAAUAUUUGCACAUAAAAAUGGGUGUAAUUGGGAUGAAGGAACUUUGAGUGGAGCUGCUGCAAAUGGCAAUUUAAAUUGCCUAAAAUAUGUUCAUGAAAAUGGUUGUGAGUGGGACGAAAGCACAACAAGACUUGCUGCUGCAAAUGACCAACUUUAUUGCAUAAUAUAUGCACAUGAAAAUAAUUGUCCUUGGAGUAGCGGUACCAUUUCUGCAGCUACUCAAAAAGGUUAUCGUCAAAUAAUUAAAUAUGUUACUAAAAAUGGCUGUCCUAAUUAAUAUUCUGAUAAAAUAUUGUAAUUUUUAAUAUAUUAAUUUAUGUCAAUUAUAUUAUUUAAAAUAAAUUGACAGGAACCAAUAUUCAAUAUAUAUAUUGUACCUAAAAGAAACUAAAAAAAAUUCUCAAUAUUACUUUUUUUUUUUGAUUAUUUAAGAUAUCUGUGAUAAAUGAAUCACUCUAUAUAAUGAGUUUGUUGUUAUAUAU